UUUAAUAUUUUUUGGUACAUUUUUCUCAAGUGGAAAUGUUAAGUUUAUAAUUACUUUUCCUUUAUCUACCUCAUUUGUAAACGUAUUAUUUUUUUAUGUGAUGAUAUCACUUCCUGUUUAGUCACUUCCUGGGUACUCCCAGUUCUGCAUGAAGGCAAUGACACAGUCAUAGUGUGCUCUAAACAAUCCAUUGCAUCCACUGAAAAGCAUCAUAGAGGCAAUGCCUUUUCACCGCAAAUGUUAAUGAGGAAGAGUGACAGUAAAUGGUCAACCUUACUACGACUCUGUCUUCAUUGGCUACGGUUUAACUUGGUGUUUAGUCAGAGUUCAACACUCUGCACGAGAACAUUACAGUGAAAAGGCAUUAUUUGAUGAAAAAGUGGUUAAAAUGGCCACAAGCAGCAAGUCGUCUGUGUGCAGCACAAGAAGUGGCAAGUCAUCCGCAUCAUCGACGAGUGCAGCCCGUGCCCGGGCCAGAGCUGAAGCGGCUAAAGUGAGAGCAUCAUAUGCCAGCCAAGAGGCUAAACUGAAAAUGGAAAAGGCCACAAGAGCGGCUCAAAAUCAGCUGGAAACAGUAAGAAUAGACACUGAGUUGGAAGUGUUGACACUACAACGGGAAGCUGAUGCAGCUGCUGUGGAGGCACAAGUGCUGGAAGAUGCUGAAUUAGCAAUGCAUGGCGCAGUUGAAAGAGGAGGAUCUGAAUCAGAGAAAGUUAAAAUUGAACGUACCAGUGAAUAUGUCAAUUCUCAAAUCAACCUGCAGAAUCAUUCUCCUUCUCCACUCUUAUCAGCUUUGCCCGUUGCUCAUGUCGACUCACAUAACAGCUUCAUAACAUGGAGUCCAGCUGUGAAAGACAUUAAACACGCACAGUCUACCAAAAACAAGCCGAAGUCUGAGAAAGCAGAUAGUAUGCACUUACCUGCAACAUACCUCUCUGAUCUGUCUGAAGGUGCGAUUAAGUCUGAAGUUGGGAGGACCAGCCCCAUUAUGAAUACACCUGCUAAGCCUUACAUUGCUCAAUACAUUCCUCUAGCUAGCACGCCACCACAGGCAGAGCCUUUGGCACAGUAUUUAGCCCGGCGAGACCUUGUUAAUUCAGGACUGUACCAAUUUGAUGAUAAGCCUGAAAAUUAUCGGUCAUGGUAUUCUUCAUUCACCAGUGCAGCUCGUGAAGUUCACCUCACAGCAACCCAGGAACUAGACCUCAUGACGAAAUGGCUGGGAAAGGAAUCUGGCGAAAUGGUGAAACGGAUCCGCUCAGUGCAUGUCAAUAACCCCAAUCUGGCUUUACACAAAGCAUGGGAAAGACUACGCGAGUGCUAUGCUGCACCAGAAAUCAUCGAAAGGUCACUGUUUCAACGAUUGGACAGUUUUCCUAGGUUUUCAGCUAAAGACCACACUAAAUUACGUGAACUGGGGGAUUUACUUAUGGAAAUCCAGGGAGCUAAAGAGGAUGGUUAUCUCACAGGUCUGUCAUACCUUGACACUUCACGUGGAAUUGCACCAAUUAUAGAUAAGCUUCCAUAUGGACUUCAGGACAAGUGGGUGACUACUGGGUCAUGCUACAAAGAAGGGAAUUACGGUCGCUUUCCUCCCUUUGAGUAUUUCUGUAACUUUGUGUGCUACGAAGCAAAAAAACGAAAUGAUCCAAGCUUUAUGCAUCAAAGUAGUGUUACAACUGCAAAACCAGACAGAUCCAUCGUGAAGAGUUUCCAAACCAACAAACCCAUCUCAGUUCACAAAACAGAUGUGUGUGCAACCAAUGAUGAUCCUAACAAAAUCUGUCCAUUACACAAUAAACCACACCCCUUGAAAAAAUGCAGAACAUUCAGAAACAAACCCCUCGAUGUCAGAAAGGCAUUCCUCAAGGAGAAAGGAAUAUGUUUCAAAUGCUGUUCUUCGAUUUCUCAUCUCGCCAAGGAAUGCAAGUCCUCCGUGAAAUGCUCUGAAUGUGGUAGCAACUAUCAUGAUGUGGCCAUGCACCCUGGCCCAUCACCACAAGCAGUCAAGGCUCCUUCACCAUCACAAGAGGAUGGCGGGGAGGGAAGAUAA